CUCCCUCCACUCCCAUCGCACCCGUCUCAUCUCUAACGUCUAAGCCCAGGGCGCGGACCUGAGAAGCCGUGAUCUAGAAAACGUCAGGAAGACAGGAUGCUCCAGUGCGCGAGGAGAGCAUACGCCUCACGGGUCGUCCCGUCGCGCGCGCUGCUGCGCUCGCAGCCCGCCCGGAAUGCGCGCGGAACGAUCACACUCGUCCGUCUCGCAGAUACGCUCGGUCAGGCGGGCAGGGCGUACAGCACGGCGGCGGAGGACGCGGUGCCAAGCAAGAAGAAGGUCUGGGACUCGGUCGACGAGGCGAUCGCAGAUGUGAAGUCGGGCGACGUGCUCCUGAGCGGCGGGUUUGGACUUUGUGGCACGCCAGACACCCUAAUCGCAGCCCUCGCGAAGCGGAAAGACGAAGUGAAGGACCUCACUGCAGUGUCCAACAAUGUAGGCUCAGGAGAAAUGGGGCUCGGUAAGCUGCUGUACACUGGACAGAUCGGCACAGUUAUGGCGUCAUAUAUUGGAGGGAACAAGCACUUCGAGUCCCUCUACCUGAACGGCCAGAUCUCCAUGGAGCUCAUCCCACAGGGGACGCUGGUAGGUCGUCUGCACGCGCAAGCCGCCGGCUUCCCCGCGUUCUACACACCCACGGGCGCAAACACUGCCGUCGAGGAGGGCUCGAUCCCCAUUCGCCUAAAGGAAGGCGGCAUGAAGGCAGGCGUCGCGAUCCCGGGGAACAAGAAGGAGACGCGCGAAUUCAACGGGCGCAAGUUCGUGCUCGAGCCGGCGAUCGCGGGCGACGUCGCGUUUGUGCGCGCGUGGAAGGUCGACGAGGUCGGGAACUGUGUGUUCCGCUACACCGCGAACAACUUCUCGAGCACGAUGGCGCGCAACGCAAAACUUACUAUUGUUGAAGCCGAGAAUAUUGUGCCCGUGGGAUCGCUAUCCCCGAACGCGAUCCACCUCCCUGGGAUCUACGUCGACCGAAUCGUGAAGGCGACCGCGCCCAAGCAGGUUGAGUUCCGCACCGUGGCCACGGACGCGAACGCGAAGGACGAGAACCCCGUCGACCCGGCAAAGAAGGCUGCUGUGGAGCAGAGGCACCGGAUUGCCCGCCGCGCUGCGAAAGAACUCAAGGACGGCUUCCACGUCAACCUCGGUAUUGGGAUGCCUACGCUCGUGCCCGAGUUUUUGCCGCCCAGCGUGAAGGUGUGGUUGCAAAGCGAGAACGGAAUACUCGGAAUGGGCCCGUACCCGCCGAGCGACAAAGUGGAUGCCGACAUUAUCAACGCCGGAAAAGAGACGGUCACGCUCCUCCCGGGAUCGUCAGUAUUCGAUUCCUACGAGUCGUUCGCGAUGAUUCGUGGCGGGCACAUCGACGUUGCUAUCCUAGGGGCCAUGCAGGUCUCGCAGGCGGGUGACAUCGCGAACUUCAUGAUCCCUGGUAAGCUCGUGAAGGGGAUUGGCGGCGCAAUGGACCUCGUGUCCAACCCGGACAAGACGAAGGUGAUUGUGGUGAUGGAGCACUGCGCCAAGGACGGCAGCCCGAAGAUUCUGAAGGAGUGCGCGCUGCCGCUCACUGGUGCGCGGACGGUCAGCCAGAUCAUCACCGAGCUGGCCGUCUUCGACGUGGACCGGGUAGGAGGAGAGUUGACUCUCACCGAGCUCGCGGAAGGGGUUUCCCUGGAGGAAGUCAAGGCGAAGACGGGCUGUGAGUUCAAUGUGUCGAGCUCGCUCGGGCAGAUGUAACCCUUCGGGAGGAACGAUUGGCUUCCGCCUCCGGACUUGAACGUGAGGUUGGUUCACGGGUCUACCAGCCAUGCGGUAUCAUCUGCACUUUGUACGUUUCUUGUAUAUAUCGCGAUAUCUCGGAUAGGAUGCGCUGGU